GCGCCAGCCGCAGCCGCAGCCGCAACGCCAGCCGCAGCCUCAGCUCCAGCCAUCGGCACAGCCACCGGCAUAACCCCAGCCCCAGCUCCUGCUGCAGCUCCUCCAGACACAGUCCCUACGCCGACACCCUGGAGGUUGGGAUGCUCUUGUCCAAAAUCAACUCGCUUGCCCACCUGCGCACCGCGCCCUGCAACGACCUGCACGCCACCAAGCUGGCGCCCGGCAAGGAGAAGGAGCCCCUGGAGUCGCAGUACCAGGUGGGCCCGCUACUGGGCAGCGGCGGCUUCGGCUCGGUCUACUCAGGCAUCCGGGUCGCCGACAACUUGCCGGUGGCCAUCAAGCACGUGGAGAAGGACCGGAUUUCCGAUUGGGGAGAGCUGCCCAAUGGCACCCGAGUGCCCAUGGAGGUGGUCCUGCUGAAGAAGGUGAGCUCGGGCUUCUCCGGCGUCAUUCGGCUCCUGGACUGGUUUGAGAGGCCCGACAGUUUCGUCUUGAUCCUGGAGAGGCCCGAGCCGGUGCAAGACCUCUUCGACUUUAUCACGGAAAGGGGGGCUCUGCAGGAGGAGCUGGCCCGCAGCUUCUUCUGGCAGGUGCUGGAGGCCGUGCGGCACUGCCACAACUGCGGGGUGCUCCACCGCGACAUCAAGGACGAGAACAUCCUCAUCGACCUCAGUCGCGGCGAGCUCAAGCUCAUCGACUUCGGGUCGGGGGCGCUGCUCAAGGACACCGUCUACACGGACUUCGACGGGACCCGAGUGUAUAGUCCCCCAGAGUGGAUCCGCUACCAUCGCUACCAUGGCAGGUCGGCCGCCGUCUGGUCUCUGGGGAUCCUGCUGUAUGAUAUGGUCUGUGGAGAUAUUCCUUUUGAGCAUGAUGAAGAGAUCAUCAGGGGCCAAGUUUUCUUCAGGCAGAGGGUCUCUUCAGAGUGUCAGCAUCUCAUUAGAUGGUGCUUGGCCCUGAGACCGUCAGACCGGCCAUCCUUCGAAGAAAUCCAGAACCAUCCCUGGAUGCAAGAUGUCCUCCUGCCCCAGGAAACAGCCGAGAUCCAUCUGCACAGCCUGUCACCAGGGCCCAGCAAAUAGCAGCUUUGCUGGCAGGUCUUCCCCUCCCCCUCAGAUGCUCGAGGGAGGGGAAGCUUCUGUUUCCAGCUUCCCAGAGUACCAGUGACACUUCUCGCCAAGCAGGACAGUGCUUGAUAACAGGAACAACAUUUACAACUCAUUCCAGACCCCAGGCCCCCUGGAGGUUGCCUCCCAACAGUGGGGGAAGAGACUCCUCUCCAGGCGUCCUAGGCCUCAACUCCUCCCGUAGAUGCUCUCUCCUAUUCAAAGAGGUCCGGCUUGGCUGGACUCUGCAAAAUCCUGGGGGGGGGGGGGGGGGGGGGGGGGGGGGGGGUCAGAACCCUGCCAUGGAACUGUUCCCUUCAUCACGAGUUCUGCUGAAUGCCGCGAUGGGUCGGGUAGGGGGGAAACGGGUUGGGGUAGGAUAGGACUAGCAACAUUUGAAGUCCCUGUCACCUCUUCCGACUCUUCUGAGUGCCUUCUGUGGGGACUCCGGCUGUGCUGGGAGAAAUACUUGAACUUGCCUCUU